AUGGCGACGGGUGGAGCACCAUUUGACGCGCUAUCGUCACUGGACCCCGAGACCUUCGCCGGGGAGUCGCGCGCCGUAAUCAACUUCCUCGCCGACUACUACCGCGACGUCGAGACGUAUCCGGUCCAGCCCCAGGCCAUGCCAGGGUGCCUCCGCGCGCUUCUGCCCGACGCGCCGCCCGAAAACGGUGAGCCGAUGGACGUGAUACUGGAGGAGGUACGCACUCACAUCGUCCCGGCACUGACCCACUGGCAGAGCCCCAAGUUCUUCGGCUACUUCCCCAUGAACGCGAGCACGGGCGGGUUCGCCGGCGAGAUGCUCUCCACCGGGCUCAACAUUGUGCCGUUCAUGCGGGUCGCUUCGCCGGCCGCGACCGAGCUCGAGAGCGCCGUGGUGGACUGGAUGGGCAAGCUGGCGGGCCUCCCGGACCGCUUCCUCUUCUCCGCCGCCGGCGGCGGCGUGCUGCACGGGAGCACCUGCGAGGCCGUGGUGUGCACGCUCGCGGCCGCGCGCGAUCGCGCGCUGAGCAGGCUCGGCCACGAGGGCAUCCUGAGGCUGGUGGUCUACGCCUCGGACCAGAGCCACUGCACGUUCCAGAAGGGCGCGAGGAUCGUGGGGAUCACUCGGUCCAACUUCCGCGUCAUCCCAACGUCGGCGUCGUCGGGCUACGGCCUCACCUCGGACAGCGUCCGCGACGCCGUGGAGGCCGACGUGGCCAGCGGGCUCGUGCCGCUGUACCUGUGCGCCACGGUCGGCACCACCGGGCUCGGCGCGGUCGACCCGGUGCGGGACCUCGGCGAGCUGGCGCGGAGACACGGCAUGUGGCUGCACGUCGACGCCGCGUACGCCGGCAGCGUGGAGUACAUAACACUCUUCGACCCUUGA